UAUGCAGCGGCGGAAUAUGGCGGAGGUAGGACGGAAACUCUCCUGAUUUUACCCGAAAACAAACCGUAAAAGUGUCGGUUUUUACUCCGGGCGACUCUCCGCCGGUUCGCGUACCGGAGCAGAUGAGGAGCGGACAGAUCUCCGAUAGCGCUGAUCAGAUGGGAUCGGUUUUUCCGCAUUAAAACUUUCCUCCUUGGGGAAUUCAAGCCCAGGGGUUUCGGUGGGCUCGGACAGCCUGGACUUUGACCCUUCGGCAGAAAUGCUCGUGCAGGACUUUGACGACGAACGUACGCUGGAGGAGGAGGAGCUUCUGGAAGGAGAGACGAACUUCCGCAACGAGAUCGAGGACCUGCAAAGGGAAAGAGAGAUGCCCAUUCAGGACCUCCUGAAUCUCUAUGGUUAUGGAGGAGGGGGGUCUCCAGAGGAAGAAGAGGAGGAUGAGGAGGAGGAAGAGGAAGAUGAGGAGGACGAAGGAGAAGAGCUGGAUAAUGAUGAGAGCAGUCGGAGUACGGGGGAGCUGAAGAGGAAUAAGGACGAGGUGGUGAAGCUGUGUAAGGACAUGGAGAGUCAGGCCGCUGCUGAAGAUCGCGAUCGCCCUCGCUCUGCUAAAGGCUGCAGCACAGCGGAGCUCAUUCGGCCUCAGAACCGAGCCUACUUCCAGAAUAAUGAAGUGGAUGAAGAGUCUGAAGAGGAUGAAGACUACAUUCCCUCAGAGGACUGGAAAAAAGAGAUCAUGGUGGGCUCCAUGUACCAGGCUGAGACCCCUGCAGGGCUGUGUAAAUAUAAAGAGAACGAGAGAGUGUAUGAAAACGACGACCAGCUGCUGUGGAAUCCGGAGUUUCUCCCGGAGAACAUUGUGGUGGAGUUUCUAACGGAGGCGUGUAAACGGACGGGUGAGGAGACCGGAGUGGACGCCAUACCUGAGGGGUCACACAUCAAAGACAAUGAGCAGGCGCUGUACGAGCUGGUGAAGUGUGACUUUGACACAGAAGAGGCUCUGCGCAGACUGAGGUUUAACGUCAAAGCAGCCAGAGAAGAGCUGUCUGUCUGGACAGAGGAAGAAUGUAGGAAUUUUGAACAGGGUCUUAAAGCGUAUGGGAAAGAUUUUCAUCUCAUUCAAGCCAACAAGGUCAGGACGCGGUCUGUAGGGGAGUGUGUGGCGUUUUAUUACAUGUGGAAAAAGUCUGAGCGAUACGAUUUCUUCGCACAGCAAACCCGACUCGGCAAGAGGAAAUAUAACCUUCAUCCGGGUGUGACGGAUUAUAUGGACAGACUGCUGGACGAGACGGAGAGCGCGGCGUCCAGUCGAGCGGCCACCCCGCCCCCAACCACCUCCAGCAGCAACGCCAGCCAAUCAGAGAGAGAAGAGGGCUCCACUCAUAACGGUUUGAGCAGCCACAGCUGUGUUUCCAGCUCAGAUUCGGUCCUGAUGUCCAGCGGAGAGGUGAAGAACGACCCCGUCCAUUCGAACGGAGCCGACGGCCUUCCAUCGCAGCCACACGACUCCAACGGCUGCGAGCCUCCGGCCGACAGAAACGGAGCGACGAAGCGGCCGCCGGACAGCCAGGCCGCAGACAGGCCGGCCAAAAAAUGUAGGACAGAUUCAGACCCCCUGGCCCCGGUGGAGAUAGACUCUUCCAGGGUGAAGGAAGACUGAACUGCUAAUGGAACAGAAACCAAAGGCCAGACCAAAUCCAGCAGACCAGGGGGGGUUUAUCGAGCUUUUCUGAGGAAGGUUCUCACGUUCUGACGCCUUCCUCCACGUCCAAAGUGAAACGUCAGAGAGAGAACGGGUGGAGAACAUGAAGAAAGAGAACCACCCAACCCCUACUAAUGUAGUAACGAAUUAAUUACUGCUCCAGUUUUCAUCAGACCCCACACCAUUUUACACAGAAUAAUAUGUAUAUUCUAUUUGUAUUGGAAUUUGUCUGAUAUUUUUUUACCGAGAUAUUUAUAUUUUUUAUUGAAACACACUGACGGCGGCUGAAUUGCUGUCAGGUACACUCUAAGCCCGGCGGUGAAGCGGAACGGGCAGCAGACUUCCUGUGGACGGUUAGCUUAGCCAGCACCACUGGAGUCGCACUUUUGUACUGUGUGAUUGUAUCAGCGUUCGCUUUGUUUCCUUCUUUGGAAGUGAAGAGCGCUGAGCUGACUCUGCAGGCUCCGCCCACCAAUGUGUUCUACAGUUACUAGGUUAGGUUUACAGAACGCUGGUAAAAAUCCCAUUUGACCCAAUGAGAAACCAUCAAAUCACAAUACCUACAUUUAGAGUCAGUUAUUCAUUCAACCUAAUGAGAAACUGUAGAACAGACUCAGUUUAUAUCACAAUACCUACAUUUAGAGUCAGUUAUUCAUUCAGCCUAAUGAGAAACUGUAGAACAGACUC